UUCAUAAAUAUAAAUAUAUAUAUAAUUUUAACUGUAAAGCCAUUUUAUGAUGGCCUGGAUUAGAUGAUAUUAUUUCAAAACUAGUUUAUCUUUUAUAUUUAAGUUAAAUAUCUUCGUUUGUGAUUUGAGUACGAAUUAUAGGUUACGAGCUGCAAUAUUGCACAUUUAAGGUUCAAUUGCAACUUAUCCCAAACGUCUGGUAUCUCAAAUAGGUGCAUAUAUAUUUUACCAAGAAUAAAAAUUUUUAUUUAAAAUUAUCUGUCUACAGCGAUUCCAAACCGAAAUGCACUUCAAACUGCAGACGAUGCCUACGAAUUCAAAAAUCACCUUAAACCUCUGCUAAAGCCAGGCUAUUGCUUCCGGGACGAAGCGCAACACCCCGUGGCCCUUCCAUAAAUAAAAAUAAAUCAGUUCACAUUCGUAAAAAAAAACCUACUUAAGAGUUUAUUUCUGAAUAUUAUAUUGUUCUUGUAAAUAUUGAUUGGGUGGGAUCACACUUCCAGCGCGCUGCCUUUGUUAAUGUGGCAGAGUUCUAGCCGACUUUUUCUUGUGAAGCAGUGCGCAAUAACGUGGUUUGAAAACAGCGAUGGCCGUGGUCUGCCAAAGGUUAUUUCAUGUAAGCAAUAAGAAAAUGGUUGUAGUAAUUAAUUAAAUUAUAUUUAUGGCUCCACUUGCGAACGUAAGUAAAUUUUGGGCAAAUUUCUCAGAAAAAUAAGAUGACAAUAACUUGUUAAUUUAAUAAAUGAGUUUUCUGUGAGACAUUUUAUUGCACUACAUUUAAAAUAUAACUUUUAAGAUCGAUUGAAAGCUGUUUGAAAAUUCUGGUCUUUAGUUACACAAUUAUAUAGUUAUUUUGAUUUUUAAUAACUAUAAAAUAUUUUAUUGCCCUUGAGACUGAUAUGAGUAAGCAUAUUCAGACAGCAGAAUUUUUUAAAUAACAUAAUUUUAGUCGUUAUGAUUUUGAAUAUAAAUAUAUAGGUAACUUAGCUGAUAUGCUGUAUAUUUUUAUUGAUAUAUCUUUAUACAUAAAAAUCCCGUGUCACGAUGUUCGUCCACGAUAAUCUCCGAAACUACUUAACCGAUUUUAAUGGAAUUUUGCACAUAUACGUAACUUAGUCCAACUUGAGGGGUAGGAUAGUUUUUAUCUCAAUUAAUGACCUAAAUAUUUGUUUUUUCAAAUGAAAAAUUUUUUUAUAGGACAAAGGCUUAUAGACAUACAAACAGCAAUUGUGUGUUAUUUCUCUAUGACCACCACACUCUCAUAUAGUGCUAUAAAUUUCGUUUUAAGGGCAAGCUUCAAGGUCGCGGUUGUGAAUCAUGGUCACCAGGUAGUGCUGGGGUGGAGAUGAGAGCGAGAGAUCGCAGACAGAGAUAUGACCGUGGCAGCGAGUAGGCUGAAGGGUGGAAGAGGUGCGCUGGCGGGAUCACGUGUUCAUCCGGUGUUGCCAGUUCUGUGUCCCACUGAGGAGAACAGCCGCGUGCCUAGCUAGGGGCGGACUUUCGGCGAGGCACACUCACUCAGCAGUGUUUCAGCACUAGAAGCCCGGGACAGCAGGAAUCUUCAUUGGGCAUCGUAUAAAGCAGGGUUUCUUGGAGAUGAAUUCAGAUACUAAAUUGAUAACGUAUUUUUUAAUAUAUAUUUUUUUAGUUAUAAUCCUACAACAAAUGGUCAGUUAAACUUGACUCUAUCGCAUGUCAUGUUCAAGGAUUACGUGCACUUACACGUCCCGUAACACCGUAACAUAAGCCCCGACACUCUGGUGGGUUUUCCUAGAAACACACAUUUAAUUUUAUGAGCAAACCUAUUUUUUUUUAUUUAGAAUAUUUUAACUUCUCCACAUAAUGUAUGCGAAUAUUACGCUUGUGACCAAAUGUUUGAAUUAUGUUACAUAUAUAGAUUCGAGUUAUAGGGCAGGACUAUUUUUCAAAUAUUAAACAAUUUGUAAAAUACUGAAUAAUUUAACAGUAGUCGAGAUGAGUCAAGACACAAAUAUUUCGUAAGAAAUAAAACACCAUGCACAUACAUAUACUUGCUACACAUUGACAAUUUAACGAAAUGUAAAAAAUGAGGACCUAAUACAUUGACGUAUUAAAACGUAAGUUUAUAAUACAAUUGCCAAGUGCAAGUACAAUAGGCAAACCAAGAGCCCCGUAUCGUUCAUGGAUAUUUGUUCUUAACUCGCAAACUUAUAAACUGAAGUAAUAUAUAUGUAUAUAUAUAUAUAGCCUAUAUAUAUAUAUAUUUCCUUUUUGUUUCCUAUUAACAAGGAAAUAAUGAUAUAUCAGCAUUUAUUUAUACAUACAGAGAUUUUCAAUUGAGUAAAAAUUGUGCUAAAUGCAUGAAAAAUAAUUUUAUAUAUAUAUAUAUAUAUAUGUGUGUGUGUAUAUAUAUACAUAUACAUAGACAAGCUGCAGUACCCGGCGUUGCCCGGGCUGAACACAGGGUGAAUGGGACCUUUUUCGAAAUCAGAUGUAGAUAGCAAUUGUCUUCUUAAUUUGAAUGUCAAGUGUGCAAAAUAAUUUAUAUCACUUUCAGAUCCCGACAGACGUUUUGCCAGUGCAUAGUUAUUUACCUGUAUAUAUCUCAAAAUUGGUAGUCUGUAUGUCGUCGAUCUUUUGCAAAAAGGUGCCAAGUAACAUUUUUUACCAAAAGGAGUUAUGUACAUCCGGAGACUUCAAAUGAUGUCCUCCAUAUACGUACUGCAUAAAGGUGACAACUCAAUAUGCAAUAAUUACAGAGAUAGCUUGGGUAACAUGUUACAACAGUUUCUUCAUCGAGAUUGCAUAAAGGAGCUAUGUGCCACAUAACCCUUUUUUACUAUCUAGAUAAAUCGUAUGGAUAAAAAUCUUAGUAACAAAAAGGAGACAAGUGUGAACAUGGAACCUUGUUGCUCAUUUGUUCUACAUAAAAACAAAAGCAAAAUGGUGCCAUGUGCCACAUAGCACCUUUUUGCAAACUAGAUUUAUAUUGUAAAAAAAAAAUGUCAGUGUACAUGGAACCUUUAAUCUCAUAAUAAUAUUGUUCGUUGUUACAUUUACAUGUAAUAAUUCUUGCACUUAAGGUUUGAGAUGUAUUUUUAACUUUGUUAUCAUGUAUUUGAUAUGUAAAUAAAGAUAUAAUAUAAUUGUCAAAGAAAUAUGAAAUUUUGUGAACAGCAAAAUAUAGAGGUUUUGUUGCCUGGAAUUCAUUCCUCCUUGUGCACAAUAUUUUUUUUUGUGGUUGGUGGUACUGUAUAUUAAAUAAAUCUAAAUGAAUAGUGUAUAACUUUCUCCCAUGUGCUCCUUGGUUUGGCGUGUGUUUAUUCAUUAUGCAGUGACGUAAACAUGGAUAGUCGGGGAAUGAGAAUGAUACAAAUGUGUUUGGCUUUAGGAGAAGAUGAUAACUUAAAUUGUGAAUGUGUAGAAAAUACAGGAAUAAUUUCACAACAGAUUGUUGAGAGUUGUGGCAGUUCAUCAAAUGUGCAAGAACACUUUUCAACAAUAGUGGAAAAUAAUGUUGUUAAUACCGAUGCUGGGGAAAAUACAGUAAUACUCUCACCACAAAUUGUUAAAAGUUAUGGUGGUAUAUCAACUAUGCAGGAAUGCUCGUUGUCAGCUGCAGAAAGUGAAGAGGAGGAUUUGUCUCUUUCGGGUUCCAAUUUUUCUUCUCCCAACUCGGAGGAUGAAAGUGAUAGUUCUGACUAUAAUGUACGAGUAAAGAAAGCAAAGACAUCAGUUAAAAAUAAGAAAGUCUUUGCUUCAAAAAAGAAGAAAAUUACUAACCAGGUGCCAAAAUGUGGAAGUAAACAACAACAUAAAGUAUUACGAAAUAAGAAGGUGAAUGAUCAUGGAAAUGAAGGUGGUGAAAUUUCAUGUAAUGUUGCAUGUUCCGAUGUAGAAGAAGUUGUCGGAGAUAUACCUAAGAAAAGGAAGAAGGGUGAAAAUUCAAGAAUAUUCAGAAAGAAGAGGAAAAUUGCAGGAGAGCCUUACAAGAGCACGAAAGGUUAUAUUGUUCCGGGGAAAUGUCUGCCCCUAAACCCUUGUACAAAAUGUAAAUUACGAUGUAAAGAUAUUGCUGAUGAAGAAAGACAACGUAUAUUUUCUUACUAUAAUACAAAUUUAAAAUCUCAGCAGCAAAAUGACUGGAUAUGCUCUCAUGUAUCGAAAGUUGCAGUGAGUAGAAGAAGGAAAGAUACUAAAAACCCUGAGAAAAGAUUAAACACAUACAGAUACCAUUUUGAUAUCGAAGGAAAGCCGGUCCCUGUGUGUAGACAAUUCUUUCUUGCAACACUGGCUUUGAAGAAGAAAAAAGUGCACUAUACCAUUGAACAUGCAACCAGCAUCAACACAGCGAAGGUCGAUGAAAGAGGCAAAUCAGAAAGUCACAACAAAACACCAGAUGCUCUUGUAAAAAGUGCGGAAAAAUUCAUUUCUAAUCUACCAGCGGUGCCAUCUCACUACUGCCGAAAGGAUUCCAACCGUCGAUACUUGCCUUCACACUUGAACAUGAACAUAAUUUACAAUGAUUAUAAAAAAGGAAUGGAUGAAACAGGAGAAUCAGCCGUGUCAUUUAAUGUAUUUAGAAAUUCAUUUAAGUCGUUUAAUCUUGCAUUCUAUAUGCCUAAGAAAGAAAAAUGUGGAUUAUGUGAAAGUAUAAAGAACAAAACUGCCUCAGGAGAUAUGACUGCUACUGACAGGGAGAGUUAUUUGACACACAUGAAUGAAAAACAUGCCACAUAUGCGGAAUACAAGGAGGACACUAAAGAGACAAAAGAAAACGCAUCACUUAUUGUUGCUAGUUUCGACCUUCAGCGAGUGUUGACUACUCCACAUUCUGAUAGUACUUUGAUGUACUAUGCAUGUAAAUAUGCCUUUUAUAAUCUAACAGUGUAUGAAAACAGGAAUGGUCGUGGGACUUGUUACGUCUGGGGUGAGUGUGAUGGGAGAAAAGGGUCAACUGAAAUCUCUACCUGUGUAAGCCUGUGGUUGCAAGAUAUUGACAAAGAGCUGGGUGAGCAUCAACAGUUAGACAUUGCUCUAUACUGCGAUAACUGUCCAGGACAGAACAAGAACAGAUGUAUGUUCUCAAUGCUGUACCAUAACUGCCAGAAAUUGCCAGGAGUUCGAAGUAUUCAGUUAAAGUUUUUGUUAACAGGACAUACAUACAUGGGUGCUGACACUGUGCACAGCACAAUUGCUACGUUCAUUAAGAAUCGAACUAUCAUGGCACCUUCGCAGUGGCCCUUUGUCAUAGAAAUGGCAAGAACUAACCCUAGUCCAUUGCUGGUAAAAAAAACUAGAGUACAGUGAUUUCGAAGACUGGGAAUCACUUCAAGAUAACUAUUUUCCCAAGACUCUGAAGGACUGUGAAGGGAAUCGAAUCAGAUGGUCAGCACUACGGGGAAUUAAGUUUACCAAAGGAUACAAGUGUGCUGAAAUUUGGUACUCAAGUUACACAAAGGAUAUUAGUAGAACUGAUAUGCUGAAGCGCAGGAGCUUUGACCAAAUCCAGGUUUACAGGGCUUACAGCAAGAAAAGACCUAUUUCAGAAGCCAAGUUCAAAGACCUGAUGAACUUAUGCAAGAAAAUGGUUAUACCCAAAAAUUUUCAUGAGGAAUAUUCUUCUCUGCCACAUUCCGUACAAGAGCAUGAUCAUCUGGAUGAAAGUGAUGAAGAAGAUGGUACCCAAGAAUAAAAUGUGACGGACAAACAUGGGUCUACUUUCGAUAGACAAAGGAAAAUAGGAUACUGUUUAUUUUUAGUUGUUACAUUGAAUGUAAAACCAAAACUGUUGAAGACUUUUAUUAGUAAACGUCUUCUCCACAACUUUAUCAAGAAGAACAUGAAAAUAUGACCAAGAACAAGAGGUUACUACAAAACAUUAUUAUAUUGAUUCAAAUUUGAAUCGACAAGGGGAAACAGUUUUUUUAGCUCUUAUGUUUGAAUGUGUUACUGCCGAAUAUUGGUUCAUUAAUUCUAAUUCAGUUGGAAACACAUGAGAAAAAUAUAAUUAUUUGUGUUUGUUAUGUUUGAAUAUAGGAAUAUGUGUUAAAGAUUUCAUCAAUAGUUAUUCUUUUCUACUACAUUUCCUGCAACUAAUGUUCUUCUUAUGACUAUUGACGUUAACAUUGAUUCCUUUUUGGAUCGACAAAAUAUUGUUUACUUAAGUAAUGUUUCAUUGUAGGUUUCAUUGUUAGGUUCUGGUUUAUAAUGUCAGAAUAAUAAUGUAAAAAAGUAUAACAGUUACAAGUAUAGUUGAAACAAAAAAGGGUACAAGUGUCAUUAUUGUUACUUAAAUACUCACUGGCAACAAUAACAGAAAUGCAAAAAGGGGACAAGUAACAUAAUUACUAAUUACCAAACAUCAUAGCAAGUGUUAUGUUAUCACAUUUUUUAGUACAUUUUAAAGCCACUAAUUGGUGUUAAUAUCGUUCACCUGUGAAAAAAAAAAAAACCCGGUUAUGGUAGACGAUACUGUUAAAAAUGUAGUUUUUCCCCUCUAGUGCAAAUGUAAGAAAAUGUCACUUGGCACCUUUUUGCAAAAGACCGACGAUGUAAUCUAGACUCUAUAAAGCACUAUAGACAAAAAGCUGAAAAAUAAGAAACAUACUAAUAUUGAAAAGAAAAACCAUAUCACUGAUAGUAGAAACGCAGUUUACGUCAACAUAGAGACCAAAAGACAUGUAUAUUACUAGAACAUCCAUUUCAAUAAAUAAAUCAAUUUUCGUUUUUUUUACAUCAUAGUAUACACAAAAUAAACAACUACAUAUAACAGUUCUUCGAAAUUCACUGUAAACAAUAUUUUAAAAGGUAUGUCUCCACAGAACAUAAAAUAUAAACUUCAAAUAAAAUUAGAACCUUAUAUAAAACUCAUGAACAGUUACUUCCAAAAAUAUUUUUUUCUCUCGUUUAACUUAAUGUUUUCGAUGUUUGAACAAAUUUGAACACAACAGAACAUUUUAUGGCUAAUCGUCCAGAGUUUCAAAGAACAAAAAUAUCUUACUUCAAUUAUAUUUACAUUCAUUUAUCCCUUGCUGUUUCCAGCUCAGUUUUUAACGUCUUGAUUGCUGUUUCUCUACCAAGCUUUUUCAGCUUACAAAAUGUAGUCUGGUUCUCUAAUGGCUCUGCCUAUGCUUUGAUUUGGCACCACUACCUCAGGCAGUAAACACCUACGAUAAAAUCUAGUCAGUUUCGGCAACAUUUCUGUUUUCCACAUGAGCUUAUCUCUUACUGCUCUUUCUACGUGUAAAUUCUGACGAACGCCAGACAUUACUAUGAAGUAACAAUAUUUGCGCUUUGUUAAAGUCCUUUGAAGCUGAUAAAAAUAAAGGUGUGAACGUUUAAGUAUUAAACUUCCAUCAUCAUUCACACGUAGAAAAAACUUUCUUUUUCUUACUGCAGAUUCUUGGAGCCCUUGGUCAACUACAAAAGGCACACACUUGAUUUCAACAAUCGCAUUUUCUUCGACCACAAGUCCGUCGGGGCUAGCACUCAAAUCUCCCUAUUAUAGAUCCAAAAAUAAAUCACAUUUCUGUACAACUAAUCCGGUUUGUGCUUGAAACCUCUGAAUGGCAAUAUGCUCAUUGCGACGACCGUAUUCCAUUGCCAGUGUCGAAAACGGGGGCUUGUUAAGUAGGUAACUGUUUAACAAGAUUUGAACAGGACGUAGAUUCUUUCCGGCGACAAACAACGCCAAAAUGACUGGCUAUUAACCGCACACGUCUCAUUUUGUGCCAUAGCUCACAAUCAGCUUGCAUUUUUGUUCGUUCUACGAUAUUAUUUCUUUCUUCCAAAGUGACUUGCAGUGAUGGAUGCAAUCAACAUUAAUUACAUAAGUUGUUUUGUCACAGAAAUGAUACUCCUAAAUAUACUAACAUUGUGCACCUGUUAGAUGUUAGACAUGCAAUUAUAACAUGACGUUAAUAAUAUACAUUUUGAUACUAUUCAUUACUGUUAAAUAAAACUAUAUAAACGUUAAUUAUAUAACGUUUUUCAGUCACAUUGUAGCAAAUAUAAGACGUGUGUAUAAUCACAAUGGCAGUCCAUCGGUGAGUGGGCAAAGUCGUCACCAAAACUCAGAAAAUCUAAUUUAGUACUACUUUUAAUGUAAAUAGAUUCUUACAUUAAGUGAAUUUUUAAUAAAAAGUUUGUUUUACGUAUACGUCUAAAAAAAUUUAUACACAUGGCAAGAACUAACCCUAGUCCAUUGCUGGUAAAAAAACUAGAGUACAGUGAUUUCGAAGACUGGGAAUCACUUCAAGAUAACUAUUUUCCCAAGACUCUGAAGGACUGUGAAGGGAAUCGAAUCAGAUGGUCAGCACUACGGGGAAUUAAGUUUACCAAAGGAUACAAGUGUGCUGAAAUUUGGUACUCAAGUUACACAAAGGAUAUUAGUAGAACUGAUAUGCUGAAGCGCAGGAGCUUUGACCAAAUCCAGGUUUACAGGGCUUACAGCAAGAAAAGACCUAUUUCAGAAGCCAAGUUCAAAGACCUGAUGAACUUAUGCAAGAAAAUGGUUAUACCCAAAAAUUUUCAUGAGGAAUAUUCUUCUCUGCCACAUUCCGUACAAGAGCAUGAUCAUCUGGAUGAAAGUGAUGAAGAAGAUGGUACCCAAGAAUAAAAUGUGACGGACAAACAUGGGUCUACUUUCGAUAGACAAAGGAAAAUAGGAUACUGUUUAUUUUUAGUUGUUACAUUGAAUGUAAAACCAAAACUGUUGAAGACUUUUAUUAGUAAACGUCUUCUCCACAACUUUAUCAAGAAGAACAUGAAAAUAUGACCAAGAACAAGAGGUUACUACAAAACAUUAUUAUAUUGAUUCAAAUUUGAAUCGACAAGGGGAAACAGUUUUUUUAGCUCUUAUGUUUGAAUGUGUUACUGCCGAAUAUUGGUUCAUUAAUUCUAAUUCAGUUGGAAACACAUGAGAAAAAUAUAAUUAUUUGUGUUUGUUAUGUUUGAAUAUAGGAAUAUGUGUUAAAGAUUUCAUCAAUAGUUAUUCUUUUCUACUACAUUUCCUGCAACUAAUGUUCUUCUUAUGACUAUUGACGUUAACAUUGAUUCCUUUUUGGAUCGACAAAAUAUUGUUUACUUAAGUAAUGUUUCAUUGUAGGUUUCAUUGUUAGGUUCUGGUUUAUAAUGUCAGAAUAAUAAUGUAAAAAAGUAUAACAGUUACAAGUAUAGUUGAAACAAAAAAGGGUACAAGUGUCAUUAUUGUUACUUAAAUACUCACUGGCAACAAUAACAGAAAUGCAAAAAGGGGACAAGUAACAUAAUUACUAAUUACCAAACAUCAUAGCAAGUGUUAUGUUAUCACAUUUUUUAGUACAUUUUAAAGCCACUAAUUGGUGUUAAUAUCGUUCACCUGUGAAAAAAAAAAAAACCCGGUUAUGGUAGACGAUACUGUUAAAAAUGUAGUUUUUCCCCUCUAGUGCAAAUGUAAGAAAAUGUCACUUGGCACCUUUUUGCAAAAGACCGACGAUGUAAUCUAGACUCUAUAAAGCACUAUAGACAAAAAGCUGAAAAAUAAGAAACAUACUAAUAUUGAAAAGAAAAACCAUAUCACUGAUAGUAGAAACGCAGUUUACGUCAACAUAGAGACCAAAAGACAUGUAUAUUACUAGAACAUCCAUUUCAAUAAAUAAAUCAAUUUUCGUUUUUUUUACAUCAUAGUAUACACAAAAUAAACAACUACAUAUAACAGUUCUUCGAAAUUCACUGUAAACAAUAUUUUAAAAGGUAUGUCUCCACAGAACAUAAAAUAUAAACUUCAAAUAAAAUUAGAACCUUAUAUAAAACUCAUGAACAGUUACUUCCAAAAAUAUUUUUUUCUCUCGUUUAACUUAAUGUUUUCGAUGUUUGAACAAAUUUGAACACAACAGAACAUUUUAUGGCUAAUCGUCCAGAGUUUCAAAGAACAAAAAUAUCUUACUUCAAUUAUAUUUACAUUCAUUUAUCCCUUGCUGUUUCCAGCUCAGUUUUUAACGUCUUGAUUGCUGUUUCUCUACCAAGCUUUUUCAGCUUACAAAAUGUAGUCUGGUUCUCUAAUGGCUCUGCCUAUGCUUUGAUUUGGCACCACUACCUCAGGCAGUAAACACCUACGAUAAAAUCUAGUCAGUUUCGGCAACAUUUCUGUUUUCCACAUGAGCUUAUCUCUUACUGCUCUUUCUACGUGUAAAUUCUGACGAACGCCAGACAUUACUAUGAAGUAACAAUAUUUGCGCUUUGUUAAAGUCCUUUGAAGCUGAUAAAAAUAAAGGUGUGAACGUUUAAGUAUUAAACUUCCAUCAUCAUUCACACGUAGAAAAAACUUUCUUUUUCUUACUGCAGAUUCUUGGAGCCCUUGGUCAACUACAAAAGGCACACACUUGAUUUCAACAAUCGCAUUUUCUUCGACCACAAGUCCGUCGGGGCUAGCACUCAAAUCUCCCUAUUAUAGAUCCAAAAAUAAAUCACAUUUCUGUACAACUAAUCCGGUUUGUGCUUGAAACCUCUGAAUGGCAAUAUGCUCAUUGCGACGACCGUAUUCCAUUGCCAGUGUCGAAAACGGGGGCUUGUUAAGUAGGUAACUGUUUAACAAGAUUUGAACAGGACGUAGAUUCUUUCCAGCGACAAACAACGCCAAAAUGACUGGCUUUUAACCGCACACGUCUCAUUUUGUGCCAUAGCUCACAAUCAGCUUGCAUUUUUGUUCGUUCUACGAUAUUAUUUCUUUCUUCCAAAGUGACUUGCAGUGAUGGAUGCAAUCAACAUUAAUUACAUAAGUUGUUUUGUCACAGAAAUGAUACUCCUAAAUAUACUAACAUUGUGCACCUGUUAGAUGUUAGACAUGCAAUUAUAACAUGACGUUAAUAAUAUACAUUUUGAUACUAUUCAUUACUGUUAAAUAAAACUAUAUAAACGUUAAUUAUAUAACGUUUUUCAGUCACAUUGUAGCAAAUAUAAGACGUGUGUAUAAUCACAAUGGCAGUCCAUCGGUGAGUGGGCAAAGUCGUCACCAAAACUCAGAAAAUCUAAUUUAGUACUACUUUUAAUGUAAAUAGAUUCUUACAUUAAGUGAAUUUUUAAUAAAAAGUUUGUUUUACGUAUACGUCUAAAAAAAUAUAUACACAUGGUAAAAUUUUAAAAUGGAAUAACAUAAAGAAUAUUUUACAGAAAUAUUUCUGGAUUGUUUUCUCAGUUUCUGUUUUAUAAUCUUUUGUCGCUGGCAAAUAAGUGCCAACACGUGAAAUUGACAGUAAAAAUUACAAAAAAUUGUAUAGACAUAAAAUUGCAUCCUAAUAAAAAUGGUAUUUAUAGCUGCAUAUAAAAAUCAAAAUUGUCCCGUAUGCAUCCGCACUUUUACGGUUAACAUUGUCACUAGCACACAAGUGUAAUGUAUCAAUAAUAAAUUUUCAAUAUAUAGGCAUAUAGAAAUUAUUUUUAAGCAUAAAAGAAAACCUUAAAUCCGUUCGAAAUGUGUUUAAAGCAAAUAUUUUUUUUUUCAUCUGUUAAUAAUGUAAAAAAUGAAUUUCCAGGACAGUCAGUUUUCAAACUUAUUUUAAAAGUUUUACAGUAGGUCACACAUAAAUGUCUCAUAUCCAUGUAUGCAUAAAAAUAAAUAUAACACUCAAUGUACAUAAGUACCUUUUUUAUUUUUAGCAUACGUGCCAGAAGCAUUUUCUUUUUUGCGGAUUUCUUUCGCUUUGACAAUUUAUUGUGGCCGUUUCUUGAGGAAUUUUGUGCUGCCCAUAAUCGCACACUGCGUACCAAGACUUGAUAAAACUUCGUUGAAUAAGUCACACGUAGUCGAGCAUUCCGAACACUAAUACUACACAAGAGAGAAUGAGUGACCUCGGUGAGACGCUGGCGUCACACACCUUUCCCCAUCCCUUCCCUUCAUGUUCGGUAGCCGAGGGCGCAGCUAGCCACGGACCUCGACGCCAUAAAAUCUUUUUCUUAAAAAAAAGUCUAAUUGACAGAAUGUGAGUGUCGCUAGAUUUUUUUAUCUACACGGCUCUACCAAAAAUAUCAAAGUUUGAAACAAAUGUAAUCGUUGUGCGUCUUCAGAAACAUUUGAAUUUUCAGGAGCAACCUAAAUCUAUAGAUAGCAAAAACUAUUCUGUGUUAUUUUUAAAACUCGCUAUUAAAAUAAAAUUUUAUCAAGUGUGUGUAGAUAUUCAGAUAGGAAUUUGAAAUCUCUUGUCAUAAUAAAUGUGAAGUUAAAAAAAUUAAUAAGCACUUGGUUUAGACAGGAUUGUUUCGAAGAAGACUCGGUGUGCAUAACAGUGUGACAUAAAAUCAUCCUAAAUUAUAUAUGAAAAAACAACCACAGAAAAAACUAUUUAAAGUAAUGUACAAAUUUAAUUUGUGAAGACGAACUGCGCAAGCACAAUUUUUAUUAUUUUUAAUGCAUGACCAUCAUGCUAUCAGUUUUUGUUUUUAUUUGCUGUCCUGUAAAGAGUUAAACACUAACCACUGAAGUUGUAAAUGCAGAACUGUCACUACCCCGCGCGCAACGGCGCAAGGCGUGUCCGUCUCCCUGGCUCACAGUCGCGAGGGGUGGGUGACCUUCCAGGAAGGAGCUGGCAACGCGGCAGCCUGUCUCCGCCACCUCGCGCCUCAUCCUCGCCCCCCUGCCACCCCUCUUCAACAACCAUGUGCUGGGCCAACACCCUCUGGAUACAACAUAAAGGGCCUGCUUUCUAAACGGAGGGAGGCGUGUGACGUCAGCAGGAGUGGUCCUAGCCUGCCCCGGCCGGCAAGGGUCGAGCCUAGCGCGCGCACGUGUUCCUUCCCUUCUGUAGCUUGCCAGAGGUCAGUUUUUGUACAGAUUUCGUGCUGAGCGGUCAGUUCACAUGCUGGUUCACUGCUUUGUUACUCGAUGUCGGUUUUUGCUGUAAUUCGAACCGAGCUAUCACUUAACAUUCCGUAUAGUCGUUGUGUCGGGAUGUGGGUUUCUCAUGUGAUUUGGAACUGAGACAUCAGUUAACAUGCCGUAUCGCUGUUGUGCUACCGAAUGUAACGAACUAUAAAACAAAA